AUGGCAGCACAAGAACAGGCCCUAAGCACAAGGGCCACAGAGGCCAGGGUCUACCUCAGCAGAUCAGACCCAAGGUGCAGGCUGUGUAAAGACGCCCCUGAGACGGUCCAGCACAUAGUAGCAGGGUGUAAGAUGCAGGCAGGAUCAGCGUACAUGGAGAGGCACAACCACGUAGCUGGGAUAGUGUACAGGAACAUCUGCACCCAGUAUGGACUCCAAAUGUUGUCGAGGCUGCUGGGACUCCUCGUCCUCUCCUCCCUCUGCUCAGCCAUGCUGAAACCAAAUUUCAAUGACUCCAGUGCAGAAGGCCAUGGCACCAACUGGUCUCACCGCAGCCGUAGCAUGGCGAUGCCCUCCGGCUACAUGCCAUUCAGCGAGGGGCACCCUGACGACAUGGACUCCAAAGCGCAGAUGAACCAAGGCGACAUGUACUCUGGCGACAUGGACUCCAAUGCACCGAUGAACCAAGGCAACAUGUACUCUGACAACAUGGACUCCAACACACCAAUGCACUAUGGCAACAUCUACAACAUGAACACAGGGGACACAAACUCUGGAGACCCCCCAAAGACCAUAGAGUCCCGGAUGUUUGGAAGCACCGAUCCAAUGAUGCCCCCCAUGCCUGAUACUGGGAUCUGUGAAAUGCUGAUGAACUCGGCAGCGCCUGUUGACCAGAUUCCUUUUUUCUGCCUCUGUUGGCACUGUAAGGGCACCGUGGGGCCCAAAGGAGACCGUGGAGACCGGGGCCCUGCGGGUCAGAAGGGAGACAUGGGGGAGAAAGGGCAGCCCGGCACUGUUGGUUUCACCGGGAUGAAGGGCAGCCGAGGCUUCAAAGGAGAAAAAGGGGAAUCAGGAAUGGAAGGCCCCCCAGGCUCACAGGGCCCUCAGGGAGAAACCGGUACAUGCCCUGCCUCCUGUGAGAGUGUCCAGGGUCCGCCAGGUCCACAAGGCCCCCCUGGAUCAGCCGGAGCCCGGGGCCUGCCUGGGGUCAGGGGAACCAUGGGACCCAAAGGUAUUAAGGGAAAUAAGGGUGACCUAGGUAGACCCGGCGACCCCGGCAUGGAUGGCCAGAAGGGUGAUCAGGGUGAGCAGGGGAUGUGUGAGUGCACAGAUGGAGCAGAUGGCACUGAUGGGAGACCAGGAAGUAAAGGAGCUAAAGGGGUCAAAGGUGACACUGGUGUCCAGGGUGUACAAGGCCCCAUGGGGCUAAAAGGCAACGAGGGUGACAUGGGUCUCAUGGGGCCACCUGGGCCCUGCUCCCCAGCCAUCCAAUCGGCAUUCUCUGCGUGUAUCAAUGAGUCGUUUCCUAUUCACAACUGGCCUGUUGCUUUCCCAAUCGUCCUUACCAACCAGCAGGGGCACUUCAACCCACUCAUGGGCAUGUACACGGCCCCUGUCAAUGGCACCUACGUGUUCAGCUUCCACCUGGCAGUUGCCAAAAAGAUUCUUAAGGUUGGCCUGUAUCGCGAACACUACCCCAUGGUGAGAGCAACAGAAACAACCCACCAGUCCACCACUAGCCAGACUGUCGUCCUCCACCUCAUCAUGGGACAACGGGUGUGGCUGCAAGUGAAGGACCAGACCACGAACGGCAUGUACACCGAUGCUGAGAGCAGUGGCACGUUUUCCGGAUAUCUGCUGUACCCCGACUCCUGUGAUAUGCCCAUGGGCCGACAUCACUGGCCUCAGCAAAUUACAACAGGAUUCAAGUGGGACUCUCCUUCCUCAUCUACCACACCUUCCCCCACCCCUCCACAAUAG